CAACGAUUGCCUCGACGAUCGCGCACAGGUACGGCUGUUGUGUUGUGAUUCACACACGGCACAAAAUAUCGAAAGUCUUUUUCUUUUGUAAUCAUUUUUUUCCUUCUGUACAUACAACUAUUUAACAUGUCGUCGAUUAAAAACAUUUUAGUUGCCGUUUUGAUGUGAAAAACAACAUUAUUUCCAUGCAAAAUUAAUUUUCGUAUACAAUCGCCGUUGUUUUUUUAUAUACUCGAAAUGAAAGAAGACAACGACUGAUGCUAAACGGAUGUUGUGUCCCUGAUGUCAUUCAUAAUUGCAACGACAUCGUCGAUUUUUGUUCGAAACGCGCUGAAGUAAAUGCUGAUUGAUGUCGUAUGCGUGUACCAGCGAAGAAAUGCUACUAUUCGCCGAUGUAACCAAACAUUCAAUAAAUCUAUCGUCUUGUGCUGUGAAGGUGCUUUUGAUCGUGCUACCGCUGAUUUAUUUUGUAUUUGGUGAUGAAAUUCUAAGUCAAACGGAGAAGCAGCGUUACGAUGGAUGGUUUAAUAACUUGGCACAUCCUGAAUGGGGCGCAGUCGACAGUCACCUGGUGCGCAAGGCACCCGCCUCAUAUUCGGACGGUGUGUACAUGAUGAAUGGGAACGAUCGACCGUCGCCACGGCGUCUCAGUCAAUUGUUUAUGCGCGGCUCCGAUGGAUUGGCAUCAAAAAUCAAUCGAACGGCACUAUUUGCAUUUUUUGGGCAAGUUGUGACCAAUGAAAUUGUUAUGGCAUCCGAAUCGGGUUGUCCGAUCGAAGUGUUCAAGAUUGACAUCGAACAAUGUGAUGAUGCCUAUGAUGCUGAGUGCAAGGGUGACAAGUACAUUCCAUUUCAUCGUGCUGCCUACGAUCGAGAGACUGGCCAAAGUCCGAAUCAACCACGUGAACAAAUCAAUCAGGUGACUUCGUGGAUUGAUGGCAGUUUUGUGUACAGCACCUCAGAGACCUGGUUGAAUGCAAUGCGCUCUUUUGUCAACGGAACAUUGCUCACUGAAAAAGGCGGUACCAUGCCCGUACGGAAUACAAUGCGAGUACCUCUGUUCAAUAAUCCCAUCCCACAUCAAAUGCGAAUGAAUGAUGCCCAACAAUUAUUUUUGCUUGGCGACCCGAGGACAAAUCAAAAUCCGGCUUUGCUAUCAUUUGCAAUAGUGUUUUUACGAUGGCACAACGUAAUCGCCCAUCGAAUCAAAAACCAACACCCAUCGUGGAGUGAUGAAGAUGUGUUCCAACGUGCACGACGCAUUGUGGUUGCCUCGCUACAAAACAUUCUGCUGUACGAAUAUUUGCCUGCAUUGCUGGAAACAAAAGUGUCACCAUACAAAGGAUACAAUCCAGAUAUGCAUCCAGGCAUUAGCCACAUGUUUCAAGCGGCCGCAUUUCGAUUUGGCCAUACGCUGAUUCCACCCGGUAUUUAUAUGCGAGAUGCUCAGUGCAACUAUCAUGUCACUUCGGCCGGCUAUCCGGCACUACGGCUCUGUUCAACGUGGUGGAAUUCAAAUGAUGUGCUCUCUGAAGUGAAAGUCGAAGACAUUUUGAUGGGUGUAAGUUCGCAAAUUUGUGAACGAGAAGAUUCUCUGCUCUGUUCCGAUGUUCGAGAUAAAUUGUUUGGGCCGAUGGAGUUUUCGCGUCGCGAUCUGGGUUCAUUGAACAUAAUGCGUGGACGAGACAAUGGAUUACCUGAUUACAAUUCGGCUCGUACGUCCUUUGGCUUACCACAAAAAACCAGUUGGCAUGACAUUGCACCGGAUUUAUUUGAUAAAAAUCCUGGUUUGGAGCAAUCAUUGUCGGCUGCCUAUGACAAUCGGCUGGAUAACAUAGAUGCGUAUGUUGGCGGUAUGUUGGAAUCCGACGGGAAACCAGGUGAACUCUUUCAAGCUGUUAUCAUGGAUCAGUUUGUACGAUUGCGUGACGCUGAUCGAUUUUGGUUUGAAAAUGAACACAACGGAAUUUUCACAAAAGAAGAAAUCGCUGAGCUGCGAAAGGUCACACUUUGGGACAUCAUUGUCAACAGUACAUCGAUUCACCCGGGCGAAAUCCAAAAGGAUGUGUUCAUGUUCAGAGAGAAUGACCCAUGCCCGCAGCCAUUCCAAUUGAAUACCUCAUCACUCGAGCCGUGCAAUAAUCUAGGAGCGCACGACUAUUUCUCUGGAUCCGAACUCGGCUUCACAUAUUCGUGUGUAUUCUUGGCUUUUGUUCCUAUUCUUGGCAUUUUGGCUGCUUAUUCAGUCGUGAAAUUUCAAAAUAGCAAACGCCGACGACUGAAAGUCAAACAAGAAGCACUCAGAACGGCACAAAACAAAGCAUCAAUCGAUAAAAUGUUAGCACGUGAAUGGUUGCACGCAAACCACAGGCGAUUAGUCACUGUUAAAUUUGGACCCGAAGCCGCCAUUUAUACCGUCGAUCGCAAAGGGCAAAAGUUAAGAACGUUCAAUUUGAAGAGUACCGACGGAAUCACAGUGGAAAAAACAUCGGAAAACCACACACGAAAACAUUCAUAUGUUUUGCUGCGUCAACAAAACGAUCACGAUUUAGUAUUGGAGUUUGAAUCGGUUUCAUCGCAGAAGAAAUUCAUGAAGAAACUCGAAGAUUUUUUGUCUUUACACAAAAAAGAGAUGAAAGUGACUGAAAUCAACUCAGAGAUUAUGUUGCCAAAUGCGGAAACAAAAGAACGACGACAAAAGCGAUUGGAGUACUUCUUCCGUGAAGCGUAUGCACUGACCUUUGGUUUACGUCCCGGUGAGCGUCGUCGAUAUUCGAACGGUUCGAAUGAUUAUGAGGUGAUGACGGUGAUGCGAACGAGUUUAUCGAAAGCGGAAUUUGCAUCGGCACUUGGAAUGAAAGCGGAUGACAUGUUUGUGCGUCGAAUGUUCAACAUUGUGGACAAGGAUCAGGAUGGUCGCAUUUCAUUUCAAGAAUUUUUAGAAACGGUUGUUCUGUUCUCGCGCGGCAAAACCGAGGACAAAUUGCGUAUAAUCUUCGAUAUGUGUGACAAUGACCGAAACGGGGUCAUUGACAAAGAGGAGCUCAGUGAAAUGAUGCGAUCGCUGGUUGAAAUUGCACGAACGGCCAGCAUAAAAGAUGAUCAAGUGAAGAAAGUUAUCGAUGGCAUGUUCCAAGACGUCGGCCUUGAGCACAAAAAUCACUUGACAUAUCAAGAUUUCAAGUUGAUGAUGAAAGAAUACAAAGGAGAUUUUGUGGCCAUUGGUCUCGAUUGCAAAGGUGCCAAACAGAAUUUCCUUGACACCUCAACAAACGUUGCUCGAAUGACAUCGUUCCACAUCGAACCGAAUGUGGAAGCACAGCGUCACUGGUUACUUCUUCGCUGGGAUGCGUACACAACAUUCGUCGAGGAAAAUCGCCAAAAUAUUUUCUACUUGAUUAUUUUCUACAUUGUAACUAUUGCACUGUUUGUUGAACGCUUCAUUCACUACUCAUUUAUGUCCGAACAUACCGAUUUGCGACACAUUAUGGGCGUUGGCAUUGCAAUCACACGUGGCUCAGCUGCAUCGUUAUCAUUUUGCUAUUCGUUGCUAUUGUUGACAAUGUCACGAAAUUUACUCACCAAACUGAAAGAAUUUCCGAUUCAACAGUACAUUCCGCUUGAUUCGCAUAUCCAAUUUCAUAAAAUUGUCGCAUGCACGGCGCUAUUCUUCUCGCUGAUACACACGGUCGGUCAUCUCGUAAACUUUUACCAUGUUUCAACGCAAUCGAUAGAGAAUCUACGGUGUUUGACACGAGAGGUACACUUUACAUCGGAUUACAAGCCGGACAUUUCAUUUUGGCUAUUUCAAACUAUAACAGGCGUAACCGGUGUGCUCCUAUUCAUCAUAAUGUGCUUAAUAUUUAUAUUUGCACAUCCAACGAUUCGCAAGAAAGCGUACAAAUUUUUCUGGAACAUUCAUUCGUUGUACAUAUUCUUGUAUAUGUUGUGCAUGAUACAUGGUUUGGCGCGUUUAACGGGUCCACCACGAUUCUGGAUGUAUUUCAUUGGUCCAGCGAUUAUCUACACGCUCGACAAAGCGGUAUCGUUGCGAACAAAGUACAUGGCACUGGAUGUGAUUCAAACGGAACUGUUGCCAUCCGAUGUUAUUAAAAUAAAGUUUUACCGACCGCCGAACUUGAAAUACUUGUCGGGUCAAUGGGUGCGAUUGUCGUGCACGGCAUUCCGAACACAAGAGAUGCACAGUUUUACAUUAACAUCUGCGCCGCAUGAAAAUUACCUCAGCUGUCACAUCAAAGCUCAAGGUCCAUGGACAUGGAAACUACGAAAUUACUUUGAUCCAUGUAAUUACAAUCCGGAAGAUCAGCCAAAGAUUCGAAUCGAGGGUCCAUUUGGCGGUGGCAAUCAAGAUUGGUAUAAAUUCGAAGUGGCUGUCAUGGUUGGUGGCGGUAUCGGUGUUACGCCGUACGCAUCGAUUCUCAACGAUUUGGUGUUUGGCACGAGUACAAAUCGAUAUUCAGGUGUUGCAUGUAAAAAGGUUUACUUUUUAUGGAUAUGUCCAUCGCACAAGCAUUUCGAGUGGUUUAUCGAUGUGUUGCGUGAUGUAGAGAAAAAAGAUGUGACCAAUGUGUUGGAAAUUCACAUUUUCAUUACGCAAUUUUUCCAUAAAUUUGAUUUACGCACAACGAUGCUGUACAUUUGCGAGAAUCAUUUUCAACGUUUGUCGAAAACGUCAAUGUUCACCGGCUUGAAAGCCGUCAAUCAUUUCGGUCGGCCGGAUAUGUCAAGCUUCUUGAAAUUCGUUCAACGAAAACAUUCAUAUGUAUCGAAAAUUGGUGUAUUUUCAUGUGGACCACGACCACUUACAAAGAGCGUUAUGUCUGCCUGUGAUGAGGUUAACAAAGGUCGAAAGUUACCGUAUUUCAUUCAUCAUUUCGAAAACUUUGGUUAAAUUCGCGCGCUGAUUUAAUCUGGCAACCAGCUAAUUGAGCGACAAAAAUGAGAAAAAACAACAUUUUCUUUGUAAAUAACGUAACUAAUGAUCAAAAUCCAUCCUAUGCUAUUGAAUUAAUUUAAUCUCUUUUUAUAUCAAUUUAUUUAUAUUAUUUUUUUUCAAAUGAUAGAAUUAAAAUUAGUCUCAAUUAUAUAUGAA